UCCAUGUAUAAAUACAUCUCUAAAGUGACCAAACUCCAUAAACACCACCUCCAUCUUAAUAUCUCUCUCUCUAAAAGUAGAAUCAAAACUCAUCAAAAAUGCUUUCGAAUCCGCCAAAGUCCUCUCUCCUCCUUCACAGAAUAAACACCACCACACCAACCCCUGCUACCACCACCACCACCACCACCACUUGCCACAAACAAUCCCAACCCACCAUCCUCCCACCACGGCAGUGCCCUCUAACCUCCGCCGCCGCAGCCGCCGCUCCAGACUCCGUAACCCGCUUCCACACCCACUCCGUAGGACCCAACCAGUGCUGCUCCGCUGUGAUCCAACAAAUCUCCGCCCCAAUCUCCACCGUCUGGUCCGUCCUCCGCCGCUUCGACAACCCCCAAGCCUACAAACACUUCGUCAAGAGCUGCCACGUCAUCAACGGCGACGGCAGGGUCGGAACUCUCCGGGAAGUGAACGUCGUCUCCGGCCUCCCCGCCGCCAACAGCACCGAGCGCCUCGAGAUCCUCGACGACGAGCGCCAUGUCAUCAGCUUCAGCGUCGUCGGUGGGGACCACCGACUCGCGAAUUACAGGUCGGUCACGACCCUCCACCAAUCCACCGACGGUCAGGGGACAGUUGUCGUGGAGUCAUACGUCGUUGACACACCGCCUGGUAAUACUAAGGAAGAGACCUGCGUGUUUGUUGAUACGAUCGUUCGAUGUAAUCUCCAAUCGCUUGCUCAGAUCGACGAGAAUUCGAUCGGACGAUGAUGCUGAAUUGAGAUUAAUCAAUCGGAUUAAUGUCGGAUUUGUGGCCAUUUUUCGAAUCGAAAACAUGAUUGUUUGUCACGAUCCUUAUCAUCACAGCACAGCCCGUUAAUGUUUUUGUUUUUAUUUUUCAUUUUUUCGUCUCUAUAUUUGUCAAAUAAAUAAUUUCCUGGAUUUGAAUUCGAUCUGUGUUUUUUUAUUUUA